UGCUUCAACUUGACGCGUCAUCAGUGUGUUGGGAGGGAACAACCCAGAACCGAGUUCACUUCUCCUCUCACGUUCAGCGCCUAAGACUGCGUCCUCUGGUUCUGAUGAAAGUAGUGAGCCGGAACUCCGGGAGCGUUUUAUAACUCGGGCUACACGUCCCCUCACAUGCUCUGACACGUCUCCAGACUGUACACACAUCCCGUCGGUCGGCGGAGGGAACCUUUACUCGGCUGGUUUGACACAUUGUGAAUAAACAGAAAAGAGGGGGGAAGAUGCUGAUGAAGGAGUACAGGAUAUGCAUGCCCCUCACAGUAGAGGAGUACCGGAUUGGGCAGCUGUACAUGAUCAGUAAACACAGCCAUGAGCAGAGCGAUCGAGGGGAAGGGGUGGAGGUUGUCCAGAACGAACCGUAUGAAGACCCGGCACAUGGCCAAGGACAGUACACAGAGAAACGAGUCUACCUCAACAGUAAAUUACCCAGCUGGGCUCGAGCAGUGGUUCCUAAAAUCUUCUAUGUAACAGAGAAGGCAUGGAACUACUACCCUUACACCAUAACCGAAUACACUUGCUCGUUCCUGCCCAAGUUUUCCAUCCACAUAGAGACAAAAUAUGAGGACAACAAAGGAUGCAAUGACAAUAUCUUUGACACUGAGCUGAAGGACCAGGAGAGGGAAGUUUGCUUCAUCGACAUCGCCUACGAUGAGAUCCCGGAGCGCUACUAUAAAGAGUCUGAGGACUUACGAUAUUUCAAGUCUGAGAAGACAUCACGAGGGAUUCUUCAGGAGGGCUGGAGGGACACGCAGGAUCCCAUCAUGUGCUCAUACAAACUUGUCUCAGUAAAGUUUGAGGUGUGGGGUCUGCAGACACGAGUUGAGCAGUUUGUCCACAAGGUGGUUCGGGAUGUGCUGCUGCUGGGACACAGGCAGGCUUUUGCCUGGGUGGAUGAGUGGAUAGACAUGACGAUGGAUGAGGUGAGAGAGUUUGAGCGCGCCAUCCAGGAGGCCACGAACCAGAAGAUUGGGAUGUUUCCCCCGUCGAUCUCUAUCAGUGAGACACCCCUGUCCUCCUGUGCCCUCACUGGCCCUGCCAGCGCCCCCUCCACACCCAUGUGCACCGAUGCGCCUGAGUCACUCUCUGUCCCCAAGGACCGACCCCGCAAAAAGUCUGCCCCAGAAACCCUGACCCUUCCUGACCCAGCUCCAAGUGACGUCCCCCAGGGCUCAACCGUCAGCCCAUUACCCACUUCAAACCACCUCCAACCAUCCACACCGCCCUCUAAUUCUGAGCUUGCUGAAGUGGAGGACCAGUAGAAGAACUUGGAAUCUCUUUCCCUACCCCUUAUUUUACUUAUUCCCAGUACCUGUUGUCUUAUGUGCCCAAAUGAGACUAGCCUAACCUCCAAACACCAGUGCCCAAGACAGUCAAGUUCCUUAGCCAUAUCCAAUGAAUUGCCAUAAUCCUGAAAAAAACAACAAUCACUCUAGAAGCCUCAUCAGUGUCACUGAUACCAUCCAGGGCAGCUGUAGGCUAAGCCACUGUGAUGUGGCAGGCUUCUACUUCCUGUGACUCUAACCAGCCACAUUUAAUCUAACAACCUCCCACGGUCUUUAAUUAAAGCAAAGCUUGUCAGAUUUUAUUUUAUUUUUUUGACCAGCAGUUCUUUAACUCAUCGGAAUAAAUUCCUGGCAUUGUUUCCUUAGUUGUUAUCGUCAACCAUAAAGGCUGGCUAUGAACUAUCGAACUUUGAAUAGUUGCCUUAACACCACAGAGCCAUUGGUGUUUAAUAGUUUUGACGACAUGUGCAAAUGAAUGAAUUUGUAAAAUGGCUGUCGUGUAUUCAAUUAGAAAUGUAAUCAUUGAAAUGCACUAGAGUAGCACUGUAGAUGUAAUUUGUUAAAAAAUCAUACAUUGAAAUGAAAAGACAGCCAAGAACCCUCAUAAAAGAUGCUCCCGUUUCUUGAGCCGUCCAAACUAGUCGUUGGAUCAGACUCUGCCCAUUCCUUUGUUUUCCGAACUCCAUUAAUAUAAGUGAUGCAAGAGCAGUACAAUCAUAGAGUAUACACCUCAGGUCUCCCCCAACUCUAUCUGGCACGCACUCCAAAUACAGGGAUUGUACUGUGUGUUUCUCUCCCUGGUUAUUGCCAAACACGUGCAUUUUGUACCUCCGCUGACAUAAUACAGUAACUAUUGUACCAUACUAGUCUGCCUAACCCUUGGAAAUGUUUACACAUCAGAAACCUUGGAGCAUUUGCAUAUUAGCAGUCAUGUUCAGAAUAAGCUGUUGUUAUUACUGCAUUUGUCGUUUUAACGUGACAGUUGCAGUGUUGAAAGGUCCUGCAUAUAUCUUACUGAAGUUGACUGAGAGGUCAGUACAACAAAAGUACUUCAUUACAACCAAGUCAAGUGUUGCCUGAAACUAAUGCUGGACAUCACAUGUGACAUAAAUGUGAUCCUUUUUGAUCAAAUCAGCGAGUCACUUUUACGUCACAUGCAGGAACAAGGCCAUUUUUGAGGAGGUUUUUCUUUUUGUUUUGUGCAUAGUGGAGGUAGCAGCAACUCAGUGUUUGAUUGGAGGAGAAGGGCACGUGCGUCAAGCUGACUUGAGUAUGUGCCUCAUUAGGUGCAAAGUAUUUGCAGAAGUGCUUACUUUUUUGUCUCACCAGUGUUGGCAGAAAACAGUUUUAAAACAGAAGUGUCAUUUUUAGUGAGCUAUUAUCAUCCAAAACCGCCAGGAUGACAAUUUGUCCUGUGAAGGAAUAAAAAAAUGGUAUUAAUCAAAGACAGGUUUUUAUAUAUGCUGCAUGGAUUUUUCACACCACAUAUUAUAUGAAGUAGAUGAAUAUAAUGUAAAUGGAUGAUUUGAUAUAUUUGGUGAUUGAACCGCGUAAGAAUAACGAAUGCUUACAUUUGAAGUCUGUAGUCAUUUUGUAAAAUAUAACAUCCAAAUUUGAAGUGAAAUGAAAGCAUGUCCAGAGAAUAUACUCUGUAGGCCUAUAAACUCUUUGAACUCAGUGCCUCUGCAUGCAGAAUUAUAUAAUUACCGACAUGUGUGUAAACCAAACUCUUAUAUUUAAGCAACAGACACACAAAAUGCUGUUGCAUUCUUCUUUCCCGGCUUUUUCCUGGCUCAAAUGCUGCAUUUAAGAAUAAAAAUGGGAUAAAACGUCACAUAAAGUAGCUGAAUUGCAACAUAAUCAGAUCAAGUCCAUCAUAUCAAAUGACACCACCAGAUUUUCAAGUAACAGGGCUAACUUGUUAUGUUUUAGUAAAGAAAUUAUUUGUUCGCUUCCCCCCUCCUUAUGCGAUUACCAACCUACAGCGCAAUGCAUUUUGCACUUUCCAGUCUUUGACACCUUAUUUGACAAUGAAGGAAUGUGUUACAUUACUGUCUUGCUGGGUUUGUUGGACCAAAGUCCCAUAUUACAGCAUAUUAACUUCAGAGAGAGAAGGUCAAAGAGAAGAUCCUCGAUGGUCUUCUCCUACAAUAUUGUUACUAUUUUGUACAGUUUCUCACUUGCUUUUGUUAAAAAACAGAAAAAAAAACUGUAGCCAUUUAUCUGUAACUGUAGCUUUUGUCUUUGCCUUCUGAGGAUACAAAUGCUAUAUUCUGGUUAUUGGCCCUUUGUUGAUCUGUUAUGUAUAAGCUUAUACAUACUUACAACUCUGGUAUUGACCACCUCUCUUGUCAGGAACAAAGAGAUCCAGGGACAUGUUCGAUCUACCAUGGGCUAUUAAUAAAAUGCAAAAUAUCCAACUGUGUAACAUUAAGCUCUGCUCUGUUUAAAAGAGUAACACAUUAGGUAUUGUAAAUACUGUUGUUAAUGAUUAAUAUAGUAGAUUUCUUAUAUUGAACCUGUUCAAAGUUUCAUUACUGAUGUGACAUGAAUGUGCUUAAAGCAGACAAAGAAGGUUACUCUUUUGUGUUUGUGUGAUUAGGAUGGCAUUUUCACAGACAUGGAUUCAAAUGUCUGUUUUAUUCUAGAUCUAGGCUUGAUAUGUGUCUAAUCAAUGAAGCUGUCAUCUAUUGAGCAUACUGAAUUUGGUUAUGUUUACUUUUCUCAGUUAAGUAUCAAAGUUCCUCAUCGUAGUGGUGCACUUUUGACUCCGGUUGCUUUUGAUGACCCUGCGGGGCAAUAUUAUUUUCCAAGUCGUAUAACAAAAUGAAGCGUUUCUUUUUAGUGGUGUGGCUGCUUUGAUGUUUACUCGCCAUGUUUAUUGAGGGUUGAUUGGCUCUUCUGUUUUCCUUUAUGUAGUAAACCUGCUGUACUUUGAUUUAGUGAUGAUGUAUUGUUCAGAGAAAAAUGGUUUUAAAAAUGAGUUUAUCACCAUUUCUUUUGUCAAGAGGACCAAACAUUUCACUCCUCCUCCCCUCUUCCUGAUGCAGUUUGCAUUCGGCCAGGCUGUCGUGCUGUCUCCUGAUAUUUGGGGCCUGUGUCACAAAGCAGAGUCAUGGAGUUAUUUGGGAUCUGUCACUGAGUAAAAGCACAGCUCAGUGUACUGCAGCAUGUGUACGUUUCUGGCUCAUCAAACUUUCUUCGUUAAUUGUGCUUUGUGACACAGGCCCCAGAAGUGCCAUUCUUGUUUAGCUGCUGGAAGUUGCUCUUAGUUCUUCCACUUAUACUAUUAUUGCAUUUGUUAUAUUUUUAUUGCAGUUCAAGGUUAAUUUGGUUCUUUGUUGUAAUUAUGGUUUUACUUUUUUCUGAAAUAAACUUUAUUAGCUAUUA